CUGCCUCCGGCGCGGACGCCUCAUGGAGCCCGAGAGGGAAAGGCCCCGCAGUCACCCCAAGAAGGGCAGGAAGAGGAGGCGGGGCCCCGACCAGGGGGCCGGGGCGGGCGAGGCGCUGAGAACCCGCGGAGACCCGGAGAGGCCGCCCGAGGCCAAGAAAGCCCGCUUAUCAGCCAAUUUAUUUGCUGAAAACUGUGAAGUAACCCACAGCCAGCUAUGUGAAUUGCUGGCAUAUGCAGUUUUGGGUAAAUCCACUGUUCCUAAACCCAGCUGGUGCCAGCUUUUUCACCAGAACCAACUAAACAACGUGGUGGUUUUUGUACUACAGGGAAUGAGUCAGCUACACUUUUACAGGUUCUAUUUGGAGUUUGGAUUUCUCCGGAAAGCUUUCAAACAUAAAUUUCUCUUGCCUCCUCCAACAUCCACUUUCCUAGCCGAUAUCAUCGGACUGCAAAACAAUCAAACAACUGGGGUUCUGUCUAAGACGAUGGAAGGUUCUCUACCUUCUGCCAGCUCAAAAGUCAGCAUCAACCUGCAGAAUGACCCCAUCCUUAAAAAGUAUGGCUCGAAAAAAAUGGGCUUGACCAGGUGCCUUCUCACAAAGGAGGAAAUGAAAACAUUUCACUUUCCAUUACAAGGUUUUCCUGACUGUGAAAACUUUUUACCUACCAAAUGUGAUAGUUCUGUAACAGACAACAGUCCUCUCUUUGGACUUGACUGUGAAAUGUGCCUCACAUCCAAGGGGAGAGAACUAACACGCAUCUCGCUGGUUGCUGAAGGGGGCUCUUGCAUCAUGGAUGAACUCGUUAAACCUGACAACAAAAUCCUGGACUACCUCACCAGCUUCUCAGGAAUCACGAAGAAGAUUCUUAACCCAGUUACAACCAAACUCAAAGAUGUACAGAGACAGCUAAAGACAUUGCUUCCUCCCGAUGCGGUAUUAGUGGGUCACUCCCUAGACUUGGAUCUGAGAGCACUGAAGAUGAUACAUCCAUAUGUUAUUGACACAUCAUUGCUUUAUGUCAGAGAGCAGGGCAGAAGAUUUAAGCUAAAGUUCUUAGCCAAAGCUAUUUUGGGGAAGGAUAUUCAGUGUCCAGACAAGCUUGGCCACGAUGCCACAGAAGAUGCUAGAACAGCCCUUGAGUUGGCUCGAUAUUUCCUUAAGCAUGGUCCAAAGAAGAUCGCAGAAUUAAAUCUGGAGGCACUCGCAAGUCACCACGAACUGCAAACAGCAGGCCAAGAGCCAAGAAAUACAACAGUAGUUCAGCAGGCAAACACAAGUGUUUUAGAAUGCUUAGACUCGAUGGGUCAGAAGCUCCUUUUCUUGACCCGGGAGACAGAUUCUAGUGAACUUUCUUCUGCCAGAAGCUGUCAAACUAUUAAGUGUCUUUCAAAUAAAGAGGUUCUUGAGCAGGCCAGAGUGGAAAUCCCUUUGUUCCCCUUCAGCAUUGUCCAGUUCUCUUUUGAGCCCUUUCCACCGAACCUCACUGAGGAGAUGAACAAAAGGAUGAGGAUCAAGUGGGCAGAGAUGUCAACUAUCUAUGCUGGGCCAUUUAGUAAAAAUUGCAACCUGAGAGCUCUGAAAAGGCUGUUUAAGAGUUUUGGUCCAGUUCGGUCAAUGACGCUUGUUCUUGAAACCCAUCAGCCACAUCUCUGUAUACAAUAUGAAGUCCUGGAAGCUGCCCAGCUGGCCAUAGAGUCCUUGGACAACAUUCUGGUAGAAGGCACCUGCAUCAAGGUGCAGAGGCCAGUGACAGAGCUCACUCUUGAUAGUAACACCCUCAUCAAUGAGCUGGAACGAGAUUCUGAGAACCGAGGCACCAUCUACCUGUCUGGAGUGACUGAAAACUUCAAAGAACGCCUGUUGCAGCACUCUACCCUCUUCCUUGGCCUGGAAGUUGUGAUCUUGCCCAAAGAUCUUAAAACUGGAAAGCAGAAAAAGUACUGUUUCCUUAAAUUCAAAACUUUGGGCAGUGCACAGAGGGCCCUGAACGUUCUCACUGGCAAGGACUGGAAACUGAAAGGCAGGCUUGCCCUCACCCCUAGGCAUCUCCAUGCCUGGCUCAGGGGCUUAACUCCGGAAUCAAGGCCCCCGGGGCUUCGUGUGAUACCCCCUCCUUCAGAGCAGGAGGCCUUGCAGACUCUGAAGGUGGACCACCCGAAGAUAGCAGCCUGGCGCUGGGGCCGGAAGAUAGGAAAGCUCUACCACAGCCUGGGCCCGGGCACCCUCUGCCUCAUUCUGCUGCCAGGAUCCAAAAGCACUGAUGGAUCAUUCUCUGGCCUAGGCCUGAUGGGCAUAAAAGACGAAGAGGAAAACACCACCUCAGACAUGUGUUUGUGAGACUUCCCACCACCUCCAUUUGCCAUUUCUCAGCCCUCAUGAGCAAUGAACGGCAGAGAGAACAUGGUCAAGGUGCAGCCUCUAAAGAGGUUACCAGACCUGUCUAUCAAGCAGACAGCUUUUGUGGAAUUGAUGUAGAAGCUAAGCUCGUCCAUUUAUAUGUACAAAUUUUGAAUAAAUGCAGUCUUUGUCUAUACAGGUUGAGGGGUGGG